AAAAAAAAAUAAUAAUUAGUGACCUAAGAAGUGAAAUUAAAUUUUCUAAAAGCAAUAAAAAUAAAAAAUUGAUAAUGUUAAUAACGGGGUUGAAAUUUCUCCGGUUUAUUGUCGGGAGAGAAUUGUUCAAAAAAGUCUUGAGGUGAACAAUUAAAAAAAAAGUGUUUAAUAAAAGGAAUAAUAAAUCUAUUGUGAGAUCAUAAUACCGAAAAAAGAAAAAGUUUUAGCUGAAGUCGAAGAAACAAAAAGUGAUUGAGAUGAAAAGUUUAAGCGAAGAAAGCUGGAGCGGUUUCGCGAGGCACUCAACUGCCGACUGACAUCCGCAGAGGGAUCAUGGAUUUUGUUUAAUCUCAAGAAUUACAACCAUAGUCUCUAGUUAUAGUCUAGCUAAUCCGAUAGAUAAAUAGUGUGACAAAAUAAACACACUCGGAGAUGAGGGUGCUCCCGAUCUUCGAGUCUAAUGGGCGCGAUGAGGCUCACCAGAGGGGAAAGUGGUCACCGGGAUGCUGCACAGUGUUAUGCUAGGCUACGGACCGGGACGUGGGAGAAGAGAUAAUUUUCCCGGGUGUCAUCCAGACCGGCGAACAAGGCGAUUCAGGAUGAACCGGGGCGAGCAGGAGACUCUGUUCAGGCAGAGUCGCCAGCUCACCAGGAUAGUGUCCUCCCGCGAGGACUUGGUCCUCAGUGUUCUCAAAGCCCCCAUCAGCCAGCAGCAGCAGCAGCAGCAGCAACAGCAGCAGCAGCAGUCUUGCAGGCAUCAACAGUACUUGCACAGCCCCCAGGAGCACCAAAACUGCCUCCCGGACCAUCAGAGUCACCACAAAAAAUGCCCUCAUCAAGAAUGUUUAGGUCAAACUUACAACGAACGUCUUCCAAAGCAAAAGUCAGAGGAUCAAAACACGCGACUGACGGAGAAGCGGUACAGCGCGGCGGCGGCUUACGCGGCGCUCCAGGGGAGCGAGGACGAGCUGGUCUCCUGCGACACCACCGAGGACUUGGCGUUGAAAACGCCCGGGAGUGAGACGGAGGACACCGACAACGGGGUGAACACCUUGGAGGACAACCCGACGCCGCGAAAGUUCACGUUCCUCAAACGGUUCCGGUCCCCGAGGUUCGGAGAAGCCCAUCACAAGCGAGUUCCCACCCCGAUGAAGAGAAAGCACCGCAGGAAAAGAAGCAAAGGGGAUAUUAUUAGCAGAAACGACCCCGGCAAUGACGUUGGCGGGGAGGAUGAGGAAGAGGAAGAGGAAGAAGAAACCCCGAUUCCUGUUCAAGCCGGCGUACCUGAUCCCUACUACCCCAUUUACUUGCCCAUUGAUCAGGCCUUUAAGGCCAAGUAUGUCUUUCAUCACAAAAAGGGAAAAACAUUUCAAGAACGGCUUUAUGUUUUUCUCGAGCAUCCUGGUGGCUGGAUUUGUUUCGUUUAUCAUUUCACUGUGUUCAUGGUGGUAUUGGUGUGCCUCAUAUUUAGCGUACUGUCAACGAUAGAACAAUACAGUAAUUUCGCAAAUGAAACACUGUUUUGGAUGGAAAUAUGCUUGGUUGUGUUCUUCGGCGUGGAAUAUAUGAUAAGACUAUGGAGCGCCGGCUGCAGGUCAAAGUACAUGGGCUGUUGGGGGAGGUUGCGAUUUAUACGCAAGCCCAUUUGCAUAAUAGAUUUAAUCGUGGUGGUUGCAUCGAUAGUCGUUCUAUCAGUAGGAAGCAACGGCCAAGUGUUUGCAACUUCCGCAAUCCGAGGGAUAAGAUUCCUCCAAAUUCUGCGAAUGCUCCACGUCGAUCGUCAAGGUGGUACUUGGCGACUUCUCGGAUCCGUCGUAUUCAUUCACCGUCAGGAAUUAAUCACGACGCUCUAUAUCGGAUUUUUGGGGCUGAUAUUCAGCAGCUACUUUGUAUAUUUAGCCGAAAAAGAUGCCGUGGGACCUGAUGGCAAGACUGAUUUUGCCAGUUAUGCCGACGCCCUUUGGUGGGGUGUUAUUACCGUCACAACGAUAGGGUACGGAGACACUGUGCCGCAAACCUGGAUGGGGAAAAUAGUCGCCUCCUGUUUCAGCGUGUUCGCAAUAUCAUUCUUUGCACUUCCAGCGGGAAUACUCGGGUCGGGUUUUGCCCUAAAAGUCCAACAAAAGCAACGUCAAAAGCACUUCAACCGUCAGAUACCAGCCGCAGCGAUGUUGAUCCAGUGUCUGUGGCGAUGUUACGCCGCUGACAAAGCCAUCAACAGUGUAGCAACCUGGAAUAUUUACAUUAAGGACCCGGCACCUGGCGGACAACCCUCAACGCCGCUCGGCAAGUUGAUUUGUGUAAAGAAGAUGUCUCUGAUGAUCCAGGUGGCAAAGAAGGCGAGCGUGCUGAAGCGGAGGAAAUCCCGGAAUCGGAUGGAAAUGCAGGGCUCCCAGACCUCGGGGCUGCCCUCUAUAAUGACGCCGAGCUCCGGACCUGGAACUGGAACUGGAACCCAGACCGACAGCCAACGAAUCGACAACGAGGGCGACGUCGUGUUCUACAUGGAGGAGCCCAAAGCAGGAACGCCCAACAGAGCUCGUCGGGACAAUAGGGUAUUUCCUAUUUCCAGGGGUAGCCUGUUUACGUCGCAAACCAGCUCGGUGACAGAAGCUGCCAGCGACGAGAUCGAUAUCGACAUCGAAGAGCCCCAGAGGGUAACAACGCUCACCGAGGCGCAUCGAAACGCGAUAAGGGCCAUCAGAAAGAUCAAGUACUUUGUAGCACGGAGAAAAUUUCAACAGGCGCGAAAACCUUAUGAUGUCAGAGACGUUAUCGAACAAUACAGUCAAGGGCAUUUGAAUAUGAUGGUGCGAAUUAAGGAGCUGCAGAGGAGAUUGGAUCAGACCCUGGGUAAGCCAGGGAGCUAUCUGGCGGGAAUCGACCGGGCUGGCAAUGUGAAACCCAUGACGAUCGGCGCACGUUUGUAUCGCGUUGAGCAGCAGUUAGCAGUGAUGGACAAGAAGCUUGACCAGCUAGUAUACGUGCUGAACGCGAUGGCCCAAAAGCAGCAGAUACCGCUGAGAAGCAUAGAGGACGAAGUGUAACAAGCUGACACAGUCGAGAGUACCAGCCUAGCUAUAAUAGCUAUCACGGAGCAUGAACAUCAGCGACGACUUUAAUUCCACUCAUCCAUGAGCUUUACUUUAUCUUUUAACAACUCGUAAAAUUAUCAAGCUUCUAAAGCUCGCGAUAACGUUACAUAAAUAUAUAAAUAAACCAUCAUACAAAUGCAAGCCCAAAAAUGGGUUCUGUUCGAAGCGAACUUUGAAAAGUCAGCGAGAUAAAAGCUCGGCUUUUCAAAAUACAAUCGAUUAUUAUAUCAUUAAUUAAUUAAUUAUUUUAAUUUUAAAUAGAAAAAAAUAAUUUAUACGCACAUUACGAUACUCGAGAAUAAUUCGCGUAAUUAAAUACUACUAACGUUAGCCUCGUCUCAAUAAA